ACUGGAAAGAACAGUCAAAACAUUAAUCCGUUUGAUAUUUCAGUAUUAUUGAAGUAUUUUCACUAGGAGCUUAACGUAAUGGCAUUGGAAACGGUCCCCAAAGACCUUCGCCAUCUGCGAGCUUGUCUUCUUUGUUCUCUAGUGAAGACCAUUGACCAGUUUGAAUACGACGGCUGUGACAACUGUGAGUCGUACCUUCAAAUGAAGGGGAACCGAGAGAUGGUUUAUGAAUGCACAAGCUCCUCAUUUGAUGGCGUGAUAGCCAUGAUGAGUCCUGAGGAUAGCUGGGUGGCUAAAUGGCAACGAAUAGGCAACUUCAAGCCAGGUGUAUAUGCAGUGUCAGUGACGGGCAGACUACCUCCAGGUGUGGUGAGAGAGCUGAAAAGCAGAGGAGUGAUCUACAAAUCCAGAGAUACAGCAGUGAAGACAUAAACCUGACUGCUUCCAAUUGAUAUUGUCUGUUAGCCACACCAGAGCGGUAUCUAUCUUACUGCUGCACCAGCCCCAGGAAGUCACAACAGUGGGACUAAAUGUGAUCAUGUCUGUGAUGUGAUAUGGAACUGCUCUGCAGUGGAACUGUUCAAUUUUUGUACUUUGUUUUCAUUAGAAAUAUUAGCAAUGGUGAUUGUAGGGGGAAAUAUGUGGAUGUUUUUUGUUAUUCUGAAUAAUUGGGGAAAAUAAAUGUCUGUUUUUAUCAUAAAUGUGAGUAACUGUCAUAAAAUCUUAGUUUCAAUUUGAUUCAUGUUCUGCAGACACAAUGAGUUUCUUGAUUCAGCCACAGGAAUGUGUACCAUUGAGGACCACAAGCCUACAUCUUGUCAAUCCAAGCAGAGAGAGUCUGGAAGCGGUCUGUUGUUCAGCAGACAGUGGGUCUACUGAGGGUCAGGUGUGGUGCUAAACAUACGCUGAAUUUCACUAGAACUUAAGUACAAAUUUUUAAAGACCAUUCUUAAGAACAAAUACCUGCAAUGCCAAUGACAUUCCCAGCAGUUUCAGCUGUGCAUUGUGUUUGGUGCUAAUUGGCAAAUGUUAGCAUGCUAACAUGCUAAAAUGAACAUGGUAAGCAGUGUAACAUCAGCAUGUUAGCACGCUCAUUGUCAUGACGACAUGUCAUGUUCGGACCC